UGUAAGAACGGAGGUUAAAAAAGAAAACCUUAAUGGCGACACAAGUUUGGUGUUUGUGGUGUGAAAUCUAAAAUUGAUUGACUUGGGUCACUAAAUACAUUACACUGGCGUUAUAUUUGUUUAGCAUUUAUUCUAUCAGACUUUUCGAUUAUUGCAAUGCAAUUUGUUCGAACCAGACGUUGAGAUUUGACCAACACUGCCAGUACAAACGAGUAGCGAGUAGCGACUUGACACCAUGGCAACCGAAGCAUUGUGCUCUUCAUUGAUAGACAAAGUUGUGCAUGAAACAGCAGUGAAUGAAAGCAACAAAGAAAAUGUCAUUUCUGGUGCGUUUGACUCUACAGCGUCAGGUGAGGCAGAAGCGGCUGAGCCUGUGAUCGACAUUGUCAUCAACAACGUGGUGUGCACGUUCACCACGCGCUGUCAUCUCAACCUGAAACAGAUUGCGCUAGCUGGUGCAAACGUCGAGUACCGCCGUGAGCAGGGAAUGCUCAACAUGAAGAUCCGACGUCCUCAAGCCACCGCGAGUAUCUGGUCCUCAGGGAAGAUCACCUGUACUGGCUCCACAAGUGAGGACGAUGCCCAUCGCGCGGCCCGCCGGUUUGCUCGCCGUCUACAGAGGAUGGGCUACAAUGUGAGGUUUUCUAACUUCAGGGUCGUCAAUGUCUUGGGCACGUGCAGUAUGCCGUUUGGAAUAAAAAUUACCUUGUUUUCAAAAGAACAUAAAAACAGUGCAAGUUAUGAACCAGAAUUGCACCCUGGUGUCACGUACAGAAUAAAAGAGCCCAAAGCAACUCUGAAGAUAUUUUCAACAGGAAGUAUUACUGUUACUGCUCCUAGUGUGGGGAACGUCCAGUCUGCUAUCGAACACAUUUAUCCUCUUGUGUCAGAAUUCAAAGCAGAAAAAAGACAGAUUCCAGCCAGUACAUUGUUAGCAGAAAAAAGGUUUCGUCAUAAGUCACCAAAAGAUUUAAUUCACCGACCAACCCACCCAGCAUUAUUAGUGGAUUCUGAUGAGGAAGAAUUGUACUCGGAUUCUUGUGAGGAUGAAAGUUUUGACAGUGAGGAGAGUCAAGACUGAGAGAGUCUUGUGUUCUGUUCACUGCUGCUGACCACCAUCUAACACUGGCUACUGACCACCAUCUCACACUGCAAUACACCCAGUGUGGUUACUGACCACCAUCUCGCACUGCAAUACACCCAGUGUGGUUACUGACCACCAUCUCGCACUGCAAUACACCCAGUGUGGUUACUGACCACCAUCUCACACUGCAAUACACCCAAUGUGGUUACUGACCACCAUCUUGCACUGCAAUACACCCACCCUGGUUACAAACUAGUUAGAUGUCACACUACAAUACACCCAGUCUAGUUACUAACUAGUUAGAUGUCAAACUACAUUACACCCAGUCUGGUUACUGACUAGUUAGAUGUCACAUUGCAAUACACCCAGUCUGGUUACCGAUUAGUUAGAUAUCACACUACAAUACACCCAGUCUGGUUACCAAUUAGUUAGAUGUCACACUACAAUACACCCAGUCUGCUUACUGACUAGUAAGAUGUCAGACUACAAUACACCCAGUCUGGUUACCGACUAGUUAGAUGUCACACUACAAUACACCCAGUCUGGUUACCGACUAGUUAGAUGUCACACUACAAUACACCCAGUCUGGUUACUAACUUGUUUUGUGUGGAAAGAAUUAAUGGAAACUGCCAUAUGUGUUGUAGAUAAUUCUAGUUGUUAAAAGUUCUGUGCUUUGUGAACAAAUGGCAUGGAUUUAGUUACAUGUAUAUACUGCAUUAGAAAUCUGUAUGGACAUCUAAAAUGUUACAGACAUGUGGUCUAUAAAUUGUGGACUUGAAAUGUAUAAGCAAACAAUGGAUCUCUGUGUGCAUUUGGCAGACUGUGUAAAUCUGUUACCGAACCCAGACUACAUGAAUUACUUGUUUUCAAACACAGUUCAGUGAGAUUCUUGUGACAUUGCCAUGUUCAUGUGAUAUGUUGUACAUGUCUGUAAUAAACACAGUGUCUCAAUACA